CAUUACACAUGGCCUUUCAACACGCCCACGAAGACUUCGUUAAUAAUUCCACUUUUUUACUGCCAUGAACUGAAUAAAUACACAGCGUUUUGUGGCGAAGACGAAAUAUUUAGAGGAAGAGAGUAGAGAACACUACCAAUGGUCGUCAUAUUGUAGAACAGGACCCAGCAAUGGCGUUAAGAGAGUUAAAAGUUUGUCUUUUGGGGGACACUGGAGUUGGCAAGUCAAGUAUCGUGUGGAGGUUUGUGGAGGACAGUUUUGACCCAAACAUCAACCCAACUAUUGGGGCUUCUUUUAUGACCAAGACGGUGCAAUACCAAAACGAGCUGCACAAGUUCCUGAUUUGGGACACGGCAGGACAGGAGCGGUUCCGAGCUCUGGCGCCAAUGUACUACAGAGGUUCUGCAGCGGCCAUCAUUGUUUAUGACAUCACAAAAGAGGAGUCCUUCCAGACUUUGAAGAACUGGGUGAAGGAGCUGCGUCAGCAUGGUCCUCCUAAUAUCGUAGUGGCCGUCGCUGGCAACAAAUGUGAUCUGUCAGACGCCAGGGAAGUCUUGGAGAAGGACGCCAAGGACUAUGCCGACUCCAUCCAUGCCAUAUUUGUAGAGACCAGUGCCAAGAAUGCCAUUAACAUCAACGAGGUGUUUAUAGAGAUAAGUAAACGCAUCCCAGUUGCGGAGGCGGCGGGGGGAACGUCGGGGAAAGGUUUCAAACUGGGGCGGCAAGCAUCGGAGUCUCGCAGGACGUGCUGCUGAUGAUGUCGGGUGACUUAUCCAAAUGGUGACCCGUGUCACCUGACCUUUGCUUAACCUCAUUUCUCCGUCCUUUUAAUCACACACACAAGCAUGCGAUUGAAAAAAAUAAAUACAUAAAAAAAAAGUUGGCGGAAGUGAAAGAAGAAAACCUACACAUACAAUAUGCAGACUUGUGGAUGACAAGUUGUAAUCUUUAUUUUUGAUAGCUCUUUUAAUAACUGUUUCAAUGCAGUGUGUGUGCAAUCAGUAAUUUGUCGUAAUGGAUUCCUCUUGUUUGGAAAAGGUGGGUGUAAACCCACAGUACACAGGCCUUUUAUAAUAUACAGAGUUUUAAUAUUGUGUCUUGCAUCAAUAUUUAGCUCGUAAGCACAAUAUGAUUGAAAGUAAUCGGCUUUUUGUGGUGACAAACUGACAAGUCUCUGUAGACGCUAACUCCGUUUGUGGUCGCCGGCACUUUGCUUGCACUUUGUAACAAUGUAGAGUCUUCACUUUCUUUAUUUUGGUGCAGUGGAGAACAAUAAGAAGAAGCUACCCAAAAACACGUCAACCCCAGGACACUCCUCCGCUCUGAUCUGCUUUUCCUGAUUGAACAACACUUGAGUAAUUCGGUAAUUUGUACACGUUGAACUUGAUGGGAACCUCAAACGUAUGUAACUUCAUGUUCUUUACUGCAGCCUUCUUCAUGAUGCAACAGUUGUUUUUACGUCAGAUGCUAACUCGUAACAGGUUAAAGGGGAAGUGCACUUUUUUUUUUAAUUUGCCUGUCGUUCACAAUCAUUAUGAGAGACAAGAACACACGUCUUUUUUUUUUAGGAUUCUGAAGACGAUAAAAGACGCUUGCAAGAUGCAGCUAAUGGAAGUCCCCAUUGUAGCCUUCAAAGACCUCAUUCAACGUUUUGCAUACACACUGCAAAUCUAUAUAUAAAGUAGUAACAGACACGUUCAUAACGAUAUGUACCGGUAAUAUGUUCAAUAUUUACUGUAUUUUGAUCAUUUUAUGCAUUAGCGAAACUUAUUUCCUCAGCGCAUUUAUUUCCGUUCCCAUAGCAACACACUUCCGGCAACAAAUCUAUGUUCCUACUUCUGGAAACAAACGCGAGUGUGUUCUAACCAUGGCAGACUUGGUAACAGAUGUAGAAGAUGACAAUUUUUUUUAGACAAAUGAGGAUUUACAACCUUAUCUUUUUGAAGCUGAAUAUAUGAAGGAUGAACUGCUGGUGAGGAUAGCGUGACUUGACGGUGUAAAUGUGGAAUUUGGAGCCUAGCUACUUUGACAUAAAUGGAGUGUUUACCCAAAAUAAACUUGAAAAAACGUUCUCGGUCAGCUUGACCAAGAGGAUAUCUGUCCAUCUAGUGCAGGGGUCGGCAACCUUUACCAGUCAAAGAGCCACUUUGAUCAGUUUCACAAAUUAUAGAUAACAAUGGGAGCCGCAAAAACUUUUUGAAAUUUAAAAUGAAAUAACACUGCAUACAAAGUUUUUUUUUUGCUUUGUGCUAUGUAUUAACCAGGGGUCUCAGACACGCUGCCCACACCUUAAUAAGGAAUUUGAAUGCUGGUGCGGCACGCGGGUUGUAUAUGAAUGGCGAUUGUCAGCGUCAUGUGUGCCGAGAUGGUACAGCAUAUAGCACCCACUACAACCAGCGUACUUGAUCAGCCACACGUUGUGUGGGAUUCUGCUUGCUCACGUAAGUGACAGCA